ACCAAAUACUGAUAAGCUGCUGUUUGCUGCAAUGACAACAUUAGUAAAGUAGAAAAGCAAAAAGGACUUUCCCUGGCUAAAGCCACACCCCCAGAAUGCUGAAGGAAGAGGGGCUGGUUGUCUGUGCUGAGAACACAUCACAGGCCAACUUCUCCGACUUCACACUCGAUUACGGCUGUUAAGAAAGGCAAAGCAUGACUGUGGACUACGGGAAGUGUGCGCGUCGGCUGCUUCGAAGGUGUGUCAUCUUAUUCCUGGUAUCGGUUCAGUUCAUUCAAAGUAAAGAUGUCACCAUGGUGAUAGGAGAGGUGGGUGGGGCUGUGACCCUCCCCUGUACCUCUGACAUCCAGAGACUCCCAAACCACCUGUAUGUACAGAGACCUGACCCAAACAAGUUCAUUAAUGGCUACCAUAAGACGAGGGACUUACCAUCCCCUCACCCGGAGUAUGCAAACCGUACUCAAGUAGACCACACACAGGGAACAAUGAGGCUGUGGAGUAUACGGCUGUCAGAUGAGGGGCUGUACGAAUGCCACAUCGGAUACCCAACCAAGAACAACCAGAAGAACAUACAACUCAGUGUGACAGCCAACUACAGCACCCCCAAUGUAACAGUGGCCUGUGACAACGGCAGCUGCUUAGUGACAUGUUCCUCUGACAACGGUUACCCUCGUAGGGAUGUUGAGUGGAGCCUGAACCCUCCUCUUAACCAGAGCCACUGGGGAGUAGUGAACAGCAGUGGGGGGACAGACCCAGUCUCUAUGCUGUUCUCUGUCUUCAGUUCCAUAUCCAUCAACUGCUCCUCUGGACCCCGGCUGAACCUCAGCUGUGCUGUAGGGGGCACCCUCUCACAGGAACACAUUGUCUCAAGAAAAAGAAGGCUCAGACAGCCAGAGGUAAUCAAGGAGGAAAGGGAGCAGCAAGUUCAGAGGAGACCUGAGCCCUUGGACCAUGCCUCAGGACUACCUGGCAUGAUGACUCCUUGCUGUCCCCAGUCCACCUGGCCGUGCUGCUGCUCCAGUUUCAACUGUUCUGCCUGCGGCUAUGGAAUCCUGACCUGUUCACCGGAUGUGCUACCUGUCCCAGACCUUUUAUUUGACAAUGCUGGUCAUUUAUGAACAUUUGAACAUCUUGGCCAUGUUCUGUCAUAAUCUCCACACUGCACAGCCAGAAGAGGACUGGCCACCCCUCAUUGCCUGGUUCCUCUCUAGGUUUCUUCCUAGGUUCUGGCCUUUCUAGGGAGUUUUUCCUAGCCACCGUGCUUCAACACCUGCAUUGUUUGCUGUUUGGGGUUUUAGGCUGGGUUUCUGUACAGCACUUUGAGAUAUCAGCUGAUGUACGAAGGACUAUAUAAAUACAUUUCAUUUGGUUAAGGUUAGGUUUGGGUUAAGGUUAGGUUAGGAUUGAGGUUAGGUUAAGGGUUAAGGUUAGUAAAACCAACGUGUUUGUUUGUGUGCUCCCAUUUCAGCACUCUUCCCAGGUCCUCAGUAUAGUAGGUGGUAUCACUGGAACAGACCAGAAUACACCACAACACUGAAACAGACCAGAAUACACCACAACACUGAAACAGACCAGAAUACACCACAACACUGAAACAGACCAGAAUACACCACAACACUGAAACAGACCAGGUAGAAGCACAGAGUCACAGACUCUCUCAGAGAUCACACCCUCCCUCUAAUCAAAGUCUCUGGAAAUAAUUAAACUUUUUGUUUAUCUCCUUGAAGUCAAACCUCCUAUCUAUGCUUUGCCCCCCCCUGCAACUGUUAGCCCCGAUCUCCCCUUCCCUCCAACCUCCCCUACUCAUGCCCCCUGCCCUUCUCUGCCCUCCUCACCUCUUCCUCAUGCAUCUACUACAGUCUAAACUCCUAUUAUGUUUUACCUUCAGUCACAAUGUGGACAUUCCCAAUCUGGCCCUCACACCAUCAUGACCACCUAAUCAUUCCCAGCUUCCAAUUGGCUCAUUCAUCACCCCUCCUCUCCCCUAUAACUAUUCCCCAGGUUGUUGCUAUAAAUGAGAAUGUGUUCUCAGUCAGCAUACUUGGUCAAAUAAAAACAAUGACAAACAUGAAAGAGACAAUGGAGAAAGACAGAGGAAGAAAGAUGGGGGAAAAGAGAAAGCAAGAGGGAGAACGAGAAAGAGAGUCUUCCGUUCAUCAUGUUUAUAUAACGUAAGGGACUUUCACAGUAGCGAGACUCCUACACACAAACACACUCACACACACAGGACCGAUGAGUCAUAUAUAGGUAGCUUACGUCUCUCACACUCACAGGAGCUGAGAGCUCUGAGGGCAGCUCUGAACUCAAACACACUGUUCAAGACUUACAGGCUGUUCUGAUCAACACACAUGUUGUGGUUGUGUAGACCCACUGCGCUCGCUGUCACUUUGAGUAGAGCUCAAUCGCUUCUUCUCUUUCUGUCUCGUUCUCUUUCUCUCUCCCUCGUGCAAUAUUUCUCUCUCUCUCUCCCCCCCUCUCUCUCUCUCUCUCUCUCUCUCUCUCUCUCUCUCUCACACACACACACACACACACACACACACACACACACACACACACACACACACACACACACACACACACACACACACACACACACACACACACACACACACACACACACACACACACACACACACACACACACACACACACACACAGAGAGAGCAGGCUCAACACAGCAGACACCAGGGGUCCGGCCUAUAAAAGAAGCCAGUGGUGGCUGCCUGCCUGACUCACAAAGUCUGAUACAAUCUGUGAUUUAGUAAUAACAGUGUGUAAGAGAGGGUGUGUAAAAGAGAGAGAUGCAUGUUUUCCCUUUUCUACUUUAACUAUUUGUGCAUCGUAACAAUGCUGUAUACUGUAUACAGUACAUUUGACAUUUGAAAUGUCUUUAUUCUUUUGGAACGUUUGUGAGUUUGUUUACUGUUAAUUAUUUAUUGUUUAUUUCACUUUUGUUUAUUAUCCAUUACACUUGCUUUGGCAAUUUAAACAUAUGUUUUCUAUGCCAAUAAAGCCCUCAAAUUGAA